GAUGUGGCACUGAGAGAGAGGAAGAGAGCAAAGAGAGCGGCCGAAAGCAGAAAGGGGGAGUGACUGCUCAGGGCUUCAGAGCCGGAUCAUGAACAUUUAGGAAACGCUGCAGUCGAGAUUUCAAGAGUCAGAGGGAUCUGAGCCUUUCAGCAACUUCACCUUUUUCCUCUUGCAACUGUUAUUUCCAUGAGUGCUGCAAGCGUUCUCCAGUCGUUCAGCCCAUCAGCAAUGCCAGGCCCAGUGAUGCCGAUGGACGUGGCAAUGAGGUUCUACAUCAGCCACUCUCCGCCUCCCCUCCGUGGCUUCCUCAGCUCCUAUGAGGACCUGCAGCGGGCCAAGAACCGGGUCAACCAGACCCAGAACCACAGCCACCACCAGCAGCUGUACAAGCCCCUGCGGCCCUGCCUCAGCACCCAGCAGAAAGCUGUGGAUGAUGGAAGCUGCGUGGGCUGGAGCAACGCCAAGGCCGGCGCCAACAAGAAGAGAGUGGUGUUCGCCGACUCCAAGGGCAUGUCGCUCACCGCCAUCCACGUCUUCUCCAAGUUCGACGACGAGCCGUACCGGAGCAGGAGCUGCGGGGGAAUCACGGAGGAGCUGCAGUUCGACAUGUCGGACCUGGAAAGUGCCACGAUGGACCUAAAGAUCAGCUCAGUGCGCAGCCUGGCGCUGGACUUUAAGCAGCCCUCGGCGGACUACCUGGACUUCCGGAACCGCCUGAUUAAGAACUCAGUCUGCCUGGAGAACUGCUCGCUGCAGGAGCGCUCGCUGACCGGCACCAUCAAGGUCCGCAACCUCGGCUUCGAGAAGGCGGUGCAGGUCCGCGUCACGUUCGACUCGUGGGUCACCUACACCGACAUCGACGGCACCUUCAUGAACAACGUCUACGGAUGCCAGGACAGUGACACGUUCGCGUUCGUGCUGGAGCUGCCCACCUACAUCCCGCCACAGAACCAGGUCGAGUUCUGCAUCUGCUUCAAGGCCCAGGGCCAGACGUACUGGGACAAUAACGACGGCAAGAACUACAUCCUGAAGCACGUCGGCUGGAAUGGGCAGGACCUGACUCAGCCUCCGACCUGUGGUGACCAGAAGAAAUCAACAGAGCACAAAAAUGGGGGCAUCAAGCUGCUGGAGAUGGAGUUUGAUCAGUUUGGCAGCCCCCGCACAUCCAGUGGACUCUUCCCUGGCUGGCAGAGCUGGGGUCAAAUCGAUAACAGCGUGCCUUAUUGGUGAAAACAUCGGGAAGUUUGCUGGAACAAGAUGACAACAGAUGCUGACGGGGCAUUGAACACAGCUGCGGGGCUGAGCUGCUGUUGGCUCUGAGCCAGAAACUAAAACGAAGCAGACAAACUCAGGCCUUCGUGCAGACUUUAUAAGAGGAAGUGCACAGCCGAAACUUCACUGUAAUGUGGUCAGCUGACCUCCACUUUGCUGUAAUGCGGUCGUUCGACCAGCAAGAUGCGACGAACUGUGGUUGGAGGAGGAAAUCUGUCAUGUUUCUCAUUUUACUCUUUUGUAAAGUAGUGAGGUGCCUUCUCAAUACGCCUGCCUGUUUUCAAUCCUCACUAAAAAAUAAAAUACUAUAUUGUAACAAUCCAUAGCAAAUGUAACGCCUUUUCGAGGGCACAAUGUAAUGUGUGACUAUGCACUGAUUGAGAUGUCCCUCUCAAUGUGAUAUGUGUAAACUGAAAUGGCGAAAACGGUGCCGGUAAGUCCUUCAUAUUGAAGGGAAUGUACGGGGAGUACCACGGUGCCAAAACACGCCUCAGCCGAAAGGAAUACAGCUAAUUCAUUUCAAAUGCACACUAAACCCUUGAGACCUUAAAGAGAUCACGUUUGAUUCAAAGUGGCCUUAAAUCUAAUUUGAGUCAUGUAGCCCUUUUCUCUGCCUCCUUUCUUCAUGCAUACAUUGUACAUGUGUAUUCUAAAUAUCUGAUGCAAUAUAUGUGGAUGAUGCAAGUGUGUAACUUUGGUGAAGGCGCAACCAAGGAACCGAGCUGCUGUCAACAGGAGAGACUCUGCAUGUGAUUGGUUGUCUUGGACGAGGAAGACGCUUGUACAUUUUUGUGACGGACGACACACAAAUGAUCCAUGUUGACUUCAUUUCGAUGAUGGAAAUGCCGAAUGUUCUCUUAUUUGUUUUCCAAAAGUGCAAUUCUGUGAUGAGCGUAUGUGUGUGGCUGAAAGAGGAUAUAUCUUUUUUUCUUACUGUGAAGAUCGGACUGUGCCCCGGUGUUUGUGUGUGUCAUUUGAAGGUGUGUGUGUGUGUUGACAUGCACACACGUGGGUGUGUGUGCAGAGUUGUGUAUUUCUCUUUCAGAAAUAAAUUUCUAUAUUUGUGCUAAA